UGCGCCCCGCGCCCGGCGCCCGCAGCCCGGCCUGGGAGGAACCGGAGUCGGAAAGGAUGGCCGGGGCCAGCAGCCAGCACCACCCUCCGGGCGCCGCGGGAGGAGCGGCCGCCGGAGCCGGCGCUGCGGUCACCCCCGCCGCUGCGUCGGCGGGGCCCGGAGACGAUUCCUCUGACAGCGAAGCGGAGCAAGAGGGACCCCAGAAACUGAUCCGCAAAGUGUCCACCUCGGGGCAGAUCCGGACCAAGACCAGUAUUAAAGAGGGACAGCUGUUGAAGCAAACCAGUUCCUUCCAAAGGUGGAAAAAGCGUUACUUCAAACUUCGAGGCCGUACACUUUAUUAUGCAAAGGACUCAAAGUCUCUGAUAUUCGAUGAAGUGGACCUCUCAGAUGCCAGUGUAGCUGAAGCAAGCACAAAAAAUGCAAACAACAGUUUUACGAUAAUCACUCCAUUCAGAAGACUGAUGCUGUGUGCUGAGAACAGGAAGGAGAUGGAGGACUGGAUGAGCUCACUGAAGUCUGUACAGACCAGAGAACCUUACGAGGUGGCCCAGUUUAACGUGGAACAUUUCUCAGGGAUGCAUAACUGGUACGCCUGCUCCCACGCGCGACCCACUUUCUGUAACGUGUGCAGAGAGAGUCUUUCUGGAGUCACCUCCCAUGGCCUGUCCUGUGAAGUGUGUAAAUUCAAAGCUCACAAAAGAUGUGCAGUGAGGGCAACAAAUAAUUGCAAAUGGACGACUCUAGCCUCCAUAGGGAAGGACAUCAUAGAGGACGAGGAUGGAGUAGCUAUGCCUCACCAAUGGCUCGAGGGUAACUUGCCCGUGAGUGCCAAGUGUGCUGUCUGUGACAAAACGUGUGGGAGUGUUCUGCGUCUACAAGAUUGGAAAUGCCUUUGGUGUAAAACAAUGGUACACACUGCCUGCAAAGAUUUAUACCAUCCUGUGUGUCCCCUUGGCCAAUGUAAAGUAUCUGUCAUACCUCCAAUUGCACUGAAUAGCACUGAUUCUGAUGGUUUCUGUAGAGCGACAUUUUCAUUCUGUGUUAGUCCUCUACUGGUUUUUGUCAAUUCUAAGAGUGGAGAUAAUCAGGGAGUAAAGUUCCUUCGUCGAUUUAAACAGUUGCUAAAUCCGGCUCAGGUGUUUGAUUUAAUGAACGGAGGUCCUCAUUUAGGUUUAAGAUUAUUCCAGAAGUUUGACAAUUUCCGAAUUCUUGUUUGUGGAGGAGAUGGAAGUGUAGGUUGGGUCUUGUCAGAAAUUGAUAAGCUCAACUUGAAUAAACAGUGUCAGCUGGGAGUAUUGCCUUUGGGUACAGGAAAUGACCUUGCCCGGGUUCUAGGCUGGGGUGGUUCCUACGAUGAUGACACCCAACUUCCUCAAAUUCUAGAGAAGCUGGAACGUGCCAGUACCAAAAUGCUAGACAGGUGGAGUAUAAUGACCUAUGAACUCAAAUUGCCACCAAAGGCUUCUCUACUCCCAGAACCUCCAGAAGCAUCGGAAGAAUUUUAUAUGACAAUUUAUGAGGACUCCGUUGCAGCUCAUCUUACAAAAAUUCUCAAUUCUGAUGAACAUGCUGUGGUCAUAUCAUCUGCCAAGGUACUAUGUGAAACUGUAAAGGACUUUGUUGCCAAAGUAGAGAAGGCCUAUGAAAAAACGAUGGAAAACACCGUUGCCGCAGACGCCAUGGCCAGUAAAUGUUCGGUCCUAAAUGAAAAGCUUGAACAGUUGCUUCAAGCUUUGCACACAGAUUCCCAGGCUGCCCCCGUUCUCCCAGGCAUUCACUCUCUCAUCGUAGAAGAAGAUACCGUGGAAUCUUCCAGUGAAGAAUCCUUGUGUGAAAGCAAAGAACAGCUCGUAGAUGACCCUGCAAAACCUCCCUCCCAGAAAGCUGUCAAGCCAAAGGAAAUAAUGCUGCGGGCAAACAGUUUAAAGAAAGCUGUGCGACAAGUCAUUGAAGAAGCUGGCAAGGGUACCCGUGAACAAAGUUGGCCUUUGAAGAAGUUAGCUGCGUCCCCAUCUUUUAUGGAUGACCAGAGUGUCCAUCCCUGUGAGCCAGUGAGCCAGUCGUUCGAUAAUGACAGUACAGAAACAGACGAAUCUAAAGAAGAGUCCAAAGACGAUGACACAAGAGAGUCAUCCACUGUUAAAGCUGCACCUGCACCUCGGUCUCCAGAUGGCCGGGCAAGUCGUUCCCCGGCUGACUCUGGCUCUGGUCCCGCUGUGGCAGCUGGCAAAGAGAACCUCCCUGUGCUCAACACCAGAAUAAUCUGCCCAGGUUUAAGAGCAGGACUAGCUGCCUCCAUUGCUGGGAGUUCUAUAAUCAACAAAAUGUUACUAGCAAAUAUUGAUCCUUUCGGUGCAACGCCAUUUAUCGACCCCGAUCCAGAUUCAGUAGAUGGAUAUUCAGAAAAAUGUGUCAUGAACAAUUACUUUGGGAUUGGAUUAGAUGCAAAAAUUUCAUUAGAAUUUAAUAAUAAGAGAGAGGAGCACCCUGAAAAAUGCAGGAGCCGAACUAAAAACUUGAUGUGGUAUGGAGUCCUUGGAACCCGGGAGUUGUUACAGAGAUCAUACAAGAAUUUAGAACAGAGGGUUCAACUUGAGUGUGAUGGGCAGUAUAUUCCUCUCCCCAGUCUGCAAGGAAUAGCAGUGUUGAACAUUCCCAGCUAUGCAGGAGGCACUAACUUUUGGGGUGGAACUAAAGAGGAUGAUAUAUUUGCUGCACCAUCAUUUGAUGACAAGAUCCUGGAAGUCGUUGCAAUAUUUGAUAGCAUGCAAAUGGCAGUUUCAAGGGUCAUUAAACUGCAGCAUCAUCGAAUAGCCCAGUGCCGAACGGUAAAAAUCACUAUAUUUGGCGAUGAGGGAGUCCCAGUGCAGGUGGAUGGUGAAGCAUGGGUUCAGCCUCCAGGAAUUAUCAAAAUUGUGCAUAAAAACAGAGCUCAGAUGCUAACAAGGGACAGGGCGUUUGAAAGCACGCUGAAAUCUUGGGAGGAUAAACAGAAGUGUGAUUCUGGUAAACCAGUUCUUCGAACCCAUUUGUACAUCCAGCAUGCUGUUGACUUGGCAACAGAAGAAGUGUCCCAGAUGCAGCUCUGCUCCCAGGCCGCAGAGGAGCUCAUUACUAGGAUCUGUGACGCAGCCACAAUCCAUUGUCUCUUGGAACAAGAGCUGGCCCAUGCUGUGAAUGCAUGCUCCCACGCCCUAAAUAAAGCCAACCCACGCUUCCCAGAGAGUCUUACGAGAGACACUGCCAUGGAAAUAGCCAUCAAUGUGAAGGCACUUUAUAAUGAAACAGAAUCUUUGCUAGUGGGCAGGGUCCCUUUGCAGUUAGAAUCCCCACAUGAGGAGCGCGUUUCUAAUGCCUUACAUUCCGUGGAGGUGGAGCUGCAGAAGUUAACGGAGAUUCCGUGGCUUUACUAUAUCUUACACCCAAACGAAGACGCGGAGCCCCCCAUGGAUUGCACCAAGAGAAACAGCAGAAGCACAGUCUUUCGGAUCGUGCCAAAGUUUAAAAAGGAAAAGGUUCAGAAGCAGAAGACAAGUUCACAGCCUGUUCAAAAAUGGGGCACAGAGGAAGUUGCUGCUUGGCUGGAGCUGCUCAAUUUGGGAGAGUACAGAGAAAUCUUCAUCCGUCAUGACAUCAGAGGGGCUGAACUUUUGCAUCUGGAAAGGCGAGAUCUUAAGGACCUGGGGAUAACGAAAGUGGGUCAUAUGAAGCGAAUUCUCCAGGGAAUUAAAGAACUUGGAAGGAGCCCUCCCCAGGCUGAGUUGUAAUCAUAUUGGUGCUAUUCCUUGGAAGGGAAGUUAUUGCUACUUAAUACAAAGCUCUUAGAAGCAAUGGUCUGUUUCUGUACUUUUCUGCCUAGAAAGCAAGUACCAGGGAAGCACCUCUAUGGCUUGAUAUCUUGCUGUGGGUGAAAAUUUUCAUUUGAGGUAUUAGGAAAUAUUUUUGUGCCAAAAAAAUAUACAUUCCACAAAGCCAUUUACUUAUUGUGCAAACUUGACGUGUUCAGAUAUGCUCAUAUUAGUAAGAAGGUGGGAAGAAUCCGAGAUAAUUGCGUGGUCUGAAGGGUGGAAACGUUUACUUACAUUGUACUUUCCUGAAACUUGUUCAGAUGGAAUGUUCUUACCAUAUGACUGCAUAACAAUAUGUGGCUAAAACUUCUAGUUUUCAUUAUUGGAGGCAUUGGCUUCUUCCUUAAAAAUCACUGGUUAGGAGACUAAGAUAUACAUUAGUUUGUGUUUUGAAUGCUAGAUUGGGUGUCAACUGAGAUUUCUAGCAUUCAGUGGUCAGGGAACAUGAUUGAAACCCCUCAAAUAUUAUGAAUGAAUGCAGAUCUUAAUGCACGGCAUUCCUGCCUGACUGGUCUUUCUUUUUCUUGCAUGUCACAUGUAGUAUCGUAGAACUUAGCUUUAAUGUCAGCUUUAAUGGAAUUUAAUUUAUUAUUACCGAAGUUACCUUUUUGUUGGUUCAAGGCACUUUUCUGUUCUUUGAUGGGGGCUUUUGGAUAAAUAUUCUGUAUUUAAGAAUUUGUGAACAUGUGUCUGUGCCAUAAUCAACAAAUGAUACACAUUUUAUGCAGGCCAAUUCAAUGUCACUCUAUCAUCAACAGUAGACAUGCGCAUUAAGAAACUCUCUGGAUAUUUUUAUAAAAUUACAUGUUUUGUUGCUGAACUAAAAGCUUAUUAUAGCUUCCUAAACCAAAAUUCCCACAUUUUGUUAUUUUUUUGUUUUAAUUUAGUAUUUAUUUAAUACUCUGUUUGCAUUUAUAAUAUAGUGAGCUAUUGACACCCAGGAGUUUCCCCGAGGCCUCAACUGGGAUUCAUAUACUGAUUGGUCACCCAGACUUACCUGCUAGCUAGAGUAACUACUGAUAAAACUUCUCAAUGAGAGAUUUAAAUUUUUAAAUUUUUUC